AUGGAUCUCAAACAGUACAUCAACGACAAUGUCGUGCGCAUGUUUGGCUCGUCCGACAGCGCAACCGUCGAUUUUGUGCAUUCGAUGGCCAUGUCCGCUAAGACUCCCGGUGACUUGUAUAACUCGCUUCUCGGCAUCGGCUUGGACGCGACUCCGGAGGCCCAGCAGUUUGCCACCCAGGUCCACUCCCUUGUCCCGCGGAAGAGCAAACCGAAAGCUCCCAAAGCCCAGAGCAAGGCGAACACACAAAAGUUCUCCCUUAUCAUGGACGACGACGAGCCGUCGUCAUCCAAGAAGAAGAAGAGCAGCAAGAAGGACAAGGAUGGCGACCGCGACAAUGGUGCCGUCAAGUUGGGGAGGUCAUCACGCAAGCGGGAGACAGAGGGCAACUGGGAGUCGGAUCCCGAGGAUUACGAGCCUCCAAAACGUGCCCGUUUCGAGUCUCCACCACGCGACGAGGAGCCCGAGGAGCCACCAGUACCCGAGGAGACGGAGGAGGAGCGUCUCGAACGCGAGCGACAGGAUGACCUCGCAGAACGAGACGCCUUCGCUGAGCGUAUGAAGAAUAAAGACAAAGACAGGACACGCAAGAUCACGGUCGACCGCGGCGGCGACGAGGAGCAGGCGCGGAGGAUGGCGCUCGCCGACGAUCCAGAAAGCCGGCAGGCCGUGAUGGGCGACUUGCGGCUGCGUUCACGCCAAGAGUACCUCAAGAAACGUGAAGCGCAGCAGCUCGACCUGUUAAAACUCGAGGUGCAGGACGAGAAGAAUCUGUUCCGCGGACAGAAGCUUUCGAAGCGUGAGAUCGAGGAGCACGAGCGCAAGGUCGAGCUGAUCCGGAUCAUGGAGGAGCGACAAAAGAUUGACGACGGGACAGACGGAUACAUGCUCCCAGACGAUUAUAUCACGGAGCAGGGACGCCUCGACUCGAAGAAGCGCAAGAACGCGCUGUACCAGCGCUAUGAGGAGCGCAAGGUCAAGGGUGCGGACGGCGAGUUUGUGACCGACAUCGACCAGUGGGAGGAAAGUCAGCGAGAGAAGACGAGCCUCGUUACGGGCGCGCUGGACAAGGAAAUCAUCGAAGACGAGUACGACUAUGUGUUCGACGAAGCCCAGGGCAUCCAGUUCUUACAAGAGGGCAAGAUGGACGGGACGCUCACGGUCGAAGCGCAGGCGUUGCUCAACCAGGUCGCCGAGGCGGAAAAGAAGGCGCAAUCAAUCGAAGAGACACGCAAGUCGCUGCCAAUUUACGAUUUCCGUGACGAACUCCUCGACGCCAUCCGUGACCACCAGGUGCUCAUCGUCGUUGCCGAAACAGGCUCGGGCAAGACGACUCAGCUCCCACAGUACCUCCACGAAGCCGGGUACACACAGGGCGGACUGAAGGUGGGGUGCACGCAGCCUCGUCGUGUUGCCGCCAUGUCGGUCGCUGCCCGUGUCGCGGAAGAGAUGGGUGUGCGUCUUGGGCAAGAAUGCGGCUACUCAGUGCGCUUCGAGGACAUGACGUGCGACAAGACGGUGCUCAAGUACAUGACCGAUGGUAUGCUGCUGCGCGAGUUCCUGACCGAUCCCGAGUUGUCGACGUACUCGGCGAUUAUCAUCGACGAGGCGCACGAGCGGACAUUGUCGACCGACAUCCUCUUCGGCCUGGUCAAGGACAUUGCUCGCUUCCGUCCAGAGCUCAAGCUCCUCAUCUCGAGUGCCACGAUGAACGCGCAAAAGUUCUCCGCCUUUUUUGACGAGGCACCCAUUUUCGACGUUCCUGGCCGUCGUUUCCCCGUCGACAUGUUCUACACCCAGCAGCCUGAGGCGAACUACAUUCACGCCGCGGUGACGACCAUCCUCCAGAUCCACACGACACAGCCGAAGGGUGAUAUUCUUCUCUUCCUCACUGGUCAGGACGAGAUUGAGGCCUGCGAGGAGAAUCUCAAGGAGACUAUGUACGCCUUGGGCGAUAAGGUGCCGGAGCUCAUUGUCGCGCCGAUUUACGCCAACCUCCCCACCGAGCUGCAGACCAAGAUCUUCGAACCGACGCCGGAGGGCGCACGCAAGGUUGUCCUCGCAACCAACAUUGCCGAGACGUCCAUCACCAUCGACGGAGUCGUGUACGUCAUCGACCCAGGAUUCGUCAAGCAGAACAACUACAACCCGAAGACGGGCAUGUCUUCGCUCGUCGUCGAGCCCAUCUCGCGCGCGUCGGCUCAGCAGCGCGCUGGUCGUGCGGGCCGUGUUGGUCCAGGCAAGGCGUUCCGCUUGUACACCAAGUGGGCGUUCCGCAACGAGCUGCCGCAGGACACGAUCCCCGAGAUCCAGCGCACCAACCUCGCGAUGGUUGUGCUGAUGCUCAAGUCGCUAGGCAUUAACGAUAUUCUCAACUUUGAUUUCUUGGACAAACCCCCGGCUGAGACGAUUAUCCGCUCGUUUGAGAUGCUAUACGCGCUCGGCGCGCUCAACCACAAGGGCGAGUUGACGCGCCUGGGGCGACGCAUGGCCGAGUUCCCUGUCGACCCGAUGCUGAGCAAGGCGAUUAUCGGCAGUGAGGUGUACAAGUGCACGCACGAGGUGCUCAUCAUCGUGUCGAUGGUGCAGGAGAGCGGUUCGCUUCUGUUCCGACCGAAAGACAAGCGCGUGCAUGCGGACAAGGCGCACAAGAACUUCCAGAAGCCUGGUGGUGACCACUUCACGCUCCUCAACAUCUUCAACCAGUGGGCCGACAGCAACUAUAGCCAGCAGUUCUGCCACGAGAACUUUGUGCAGUACAAGUCGCUUGUGCGAGUCCGCGACAUUCGGGACCAGCUCGCGUCGCUCUGCGACCGUGUCGAGGUCGUCAUCGAGAGCCUGCCCAACGAGGUUGUGCCUAUCCAAAAGGCCAUCACGGCCGGAUACUUCUACAACACAGCCCGGCUGGACAAGGGCGGCAGCUACCGCACAACAAAGAACAACCACACCGUCUACCUCCACCCGUCGUCGGGCCUCAUUGGGAUGCAGCCCCCGCCCCGCUUCAUCCUGUAUUAUGAGCUCGUGCUCACGAGCAAGGAGUACAUGCGGCAGUGCAUGCCCAUCGAGGGGUCUUGGCUCUCCGAGCUCGCACCGCACUACUUUAAGAAGCAGGAGAUUGACCAGAUGCUCGGGAGCGCGAGCAAGAUCAAGAUGCCCAAGCAGGUUGCGCAGCCGACGGUUGGGCCGGUCACGUCGUGA